AUGGCAGUGGGGAGAGAGAUGGCGGAGAUGCAGGUGCUCUCCGCGGGGCUGCGGGCCCAGCCGGACUGGGCGGCAUCCCAGCGGAAUAUACUGGAGGAGCAGGUGGAGCUGUGGUGGUUCCGCGACCCGCGGAGGUCGCUGCUGUGCUUCUGCUUCUCGGUGGCCCUGGUGCUGGGCUGCGGGGCGGGCGGAGUGGGCCUGCUGUACAGCACCGGCGGCCCGUCGGGCGAGUGGCGGCUGGGCAUGGGCAUGGUGCUCUGCCUGCUGUCGCUGGCCGUGCUGCUGAAGCAGCUGCUGAGCUCGGCCGUGCAGGACACAGACUGCGUGCGGAGCUGGAGCCGCAUCGCCGCGCUCAAGAGCGGCGGCACGUCCGACCUGGCCGUCGGCCUCCUGGCGGGCCUCACCCUGCUCGUCUGUGGUGCCGUGCUGCUCCGGCUGGCCCCCGCCGCCGGGCCGCCCCGCCCCGGCUCAGCCCUCAACGACAUGUUCGUCACGGGGGCGGCGCUGACGGCUGCGGGCGGAGCCACGGCGCUGGCAGUGGCGGUCUACGCCGCGGCCGUCUUCCUGCCGCCCGUGCGGGGGCUGAGGGCCGGGGUGGCGGCCAUCUUCACCACCUCAGGGCGGAUGAGGGAGGCAAGGAGCGAGACCGUCUCCAGCAUGAUCAACCUGCUCUGA